ACUCAUAAAUUCACAGCCAGAGAAAGGAGUGGAUGAAAAAUUUUCCUACAAAAUUUUCUGGACGCACACCCCCUGCUUGGCGGUGCCUCCUUUCCCCUUCUUUUUCCGACCAUCUGAGCACUCUCUCUCUCUCUCUCUCUAACGGCAUGCCCUUCUUCCGCCGCCUUCCCUUCCUUCGUCCCCUUCCCCUCCUCUCCUUCCCCAGCCUGAUUCCCCGCCCAUUCUCCCAAGCUCACACCUUUCCCCUCCAAAAUCCCCAAUCCUCCCCGCUUCUCCAAAUCCCACCUCUCGAACUCACCAAGCCAAGCCAUGGCGGCGUCGAGUCGCAAUUCGUCACUGUCGACAGAAUCUGCCGUCUGGUCUCUCAAUCCUUCGACGACGGCGACCAAAAGCUUCGGUCUUUCCGACUUGAUGUGACCGCAGAACAAGCGGUGGGCGCCGUCGCCCUCCUCGCAGAGCGGGAAGGCUCGAUGGUGGCGCUAAGCUUCUUCCAUUGGGCUAUCGUCCGCCCAGAAUUCAGGCACUUCAUGCGGUUCUACAUCACGGUGGCGAGCUCGUUGGUUGGUAGGGGGAAUUUGGAGAAGGCCCAAGAGGUCAUGAGAUGCAUGGUUACGAGCUUUUCCGAGAUCGGGAAGCUGAAGGAAGCUGUGGAGAUGUUGUUCGACAUGCGGAGCCAGGGUCUGCCCGUCAGCGUCCACACCUUAAAUUUGGUUCUUAGAAUUGCUGUGGAGUCUGGUUCGAUAGCAUAUGCUGAGCAAUUGUUCGAGGAAAUGCCAGUAAAUGGUGUCUUUCCCAAUACUUGCAGUUUCAAGACAAUGAUUGCCGCCUACUGUCGAGAGGGUCGUGUUGCCGAUGUCGAGAAGCUGUUGAGAGCGAUGGAUGUGAGAGGCUUCCGUGUAGAUAAUGCAACAUGCACUUUGAUUGUGGAAGCGUUUUGCAAGAAGGGUUGCUUUGGCUGGGUUUUCGCUCUUUUUGAGAAGAUGUCGGAGAUGGGCUUGGCUCCAAACGUCAUCAAUUACACCGCUUUGAUAAAUGGGUUGUGCAAGAAGGGAAGCGUGAAGCAAGCAUUUCAAGUGUUGGAGGAAAUGGUUGGAAAGGGGCUGAAGCCAAAUGUUUAUACCCACACGUCAUUGAUUGAUGGAUUGUGCAAGAUUGGGUGGACAGAGCGAGCUUUCCGGCUGUUUCUGAAGCUUGUUCGGAGUGACUCAUACAAACCAAACGUGCAAACUUACACUGCAAUGAUUGCAGGGUAUUGUAAAGAAAAUAAGCUUAAUCGAGCUGAGAUGUUGUUGGCAAGGAUGUCUGAACAGGGGCUGGUACCAAACACUAACACAUACACUAGUCUAAUCGAUGGGCAUGCUAAAGAGGGAAAUUUGGAUCGAGCUUAUGAACUGAUGGACCGAAUGAAGAGAGAGGGUUGUCUUCCAAAUGUUUGUACAUACAAUGCGGUCAUUGAUGGGCUCUGCAAGAAAGGAAGGGCUCCAGAGGCUUAUAUGAUGCUUCAAGAAGGGUUGAAUCAGGGUUUGCAGCUCGAUAAAUUCACUUAUACUAUUCUUAUAAGCGAACACUGCAAGCGAGGCCAGACUGCUCGUGCUUUAAAAUUGUUUGGCCGGAUGGUUGGAGCCGGUUGCCAACCAGAUAUUCAUACAUAUACCACCUUGAUCUCUGCAUUUUGCAAGCAAAAGAGGAUGGAUGAGACUGAGAGGCUUUUUGAGAGAUGUCUCGGGUUGGAGUUGGUUCCAACAAGGCAAACUUAUACGUCCAUGAUAGGUGGUUACUGUAGGGUUGGAAAAGCAAGCUCUGCUUUGAGAGUAUUUGAGAAGAUGAUCCAGAAUGGUUGCCUAGCUGAUUCGGUUACAUAUGCUGCUUUGAUAAGUGGCCUUUGCAAAGAGUGUAGACUAGAGGAGGCGCGAGCUCUAUAUGAGUCCAUGUUAGAUAAAGGUCUGGUUCCAUGUGAAGUCAGUCGCAUUACAUUAGCAUAUGAGUACUGCAAGAGAGACAAAAGUGAUGUUGCUAUAUCUGUGUUGGAGAGGCUAGAAAAGAAACAGUGGAUCCGGACAGCCAAUAUCCUAAUCAGAAAGCUCAGUUCUGAAGCGAAGGUUGAUGCAGCGUGUUUGUUUUUCAACAAACUGUUAGAUGAGCAUGGCAAUGUGGACCGCAUAACUUAUACUGCAUUUGUAAAUGCAUGUUAUGACAAUAAUAGAUUCUCUGUUGCUUCCAAUCUUUCUGAAAGGAUUUCCAAGGGAACUGUUGGCUUUUGCACAGAAAAUGAUGUUGCAGUAACUUGAGUUCCCUGAGUUUCCAAACCAUUACACCAGCUGCUUCAUGUUUCACUUGGAGGAUCUAUUCAUUUAAUAUCUGGGUAAAUGCCUGAACAAUGGAACUCCCAGCAAUCUGUAUAGAUGUCUGAAUUUUUUUUUUGUGAUGUGCCCAUCAUACAAAUAUCAAACACAUUGCUUCACAGGAACUUUUUGGACAGGUUAAUGAGGAAGAAUUUUUCCUUUUUUUGAUUCAUGGCAACUGAUCUUUCUAAAACUGCUUGACUCCUGUGGAAUUCAAGGAAUUGACUUUUGCUCAUUAAAUCGUCUGACAAAAGUGUUUGCAAGUGCAAAGAAGGCAAAGUCUCUAGCACUUGGGGUGCAUUUGGUCUCUAACAAAACAGCAAGAUGAUAUCUUUUAUUUUAAAAGCAGGUUCAAGAAUGUUUUCGUGCAUUCUUACACCUAGAUCCUUACAAGCUUUUGGAUCAUAUCUGCUUUAGACUCAUUACAAUGAAUGGGCAGAUCAGGGUGCAGUUAUGAUAGAUUUAGUAGUGGCGCUCAUACUCUUGUCAUGUCCAACUUUGGUGAGCAUCAAAGCUCUAGCUCCACUGAACCAGACCUCAUAUUGACACAGAGAAGAUCAUCGCAGUCCACCUCCAGACAAAGCAGGCGGGAAAGGAGAGAGAUGAACAGAAUGCUAACUAGAAACUUUAAUCUGGAGCGGAUCUGACAACAGCAUAAAAAAGUUUGCAUGGUUCUGGUGGAUCUGGUCAUGUGUUUUUCAACUUGCUAAGGUCACAACUGCAGGUGAAGUUAGUGCAAUUGCUUUCUGCCUGUAGUAGAAGGUCCUGGAUGCCUUCUUGGUUUUGUAGUCUGUAAAUUAAUGGAUAACUUGUAUAUUUAUUUUCAAUCUUGCUGAAAUUCUUCUAUGUGCACUUUGGAGUGCCCAUUCUUUUUGUUGUGCUAUGGAGAAAUUCCAUUUUUAUGGGAGAGUAGAAA